AGGAGAAGGUGGACAGAUAGGUGGUCGUGAUGUCGUUGGACACGACUUCGGAGACAGGAGAACCCUUGUUGAAGGCGAUCGGUGGCGGCGGUCAUGGAGAAGGAAGUUGGUGGGGGAAUGUUUUGGAUGUUGAAGAAGCGAAGAGUCAAGUUCUGUUUGCACUGCCAAUGAUCCUUACUAAUGUUUUCUACUAUUCCAUCACAUUGGUGUCCGUUAUGUUCGCCAGAUUAAGUGGAGCACUGGAGACACUUUGUGGCCAAGGAUUUGGUGCGAAGUUAUACAGAAUGCUGGGAAUUUACCUCCAAGUAUCCUGCAUCAUUUCCUGCUUCUUUGCUGUUGUCAUAUCCAUCUUAUGGUUCUACACAGAGCCAAUACUCAUCUUACUUAAACAGGAUGCUCAAAUUUGUAAAAUGGCUGCUCUCUACAUGAAGCUUCUGAUUCCUGGUGUAUUUGCUUACGGUUUCUUGCAAAACAUCUUGAUUUUUCUUCAGACACAGAGCAUAGUAACGCCCCUCAUCCUGCUCUCUCUGCUCCCAAUGGGGAUUCAUUUUGGCAUCGUGUACAUGUUGGUUAAUUGGACAAGUCUUGGUUACAAGGGAGCUCCAUUGGCAGCUUCAAUCUCGUUGUGGAUAUCAUGUCUUAUGUUAGCAAUUUAUGUCAUGUAUUCGAAGAAAUUCAAGCACACAUGGGAAGGAUUCUCAUUUGAGUCGUUCCGUUUCAUCCUUAGAUACUUGAGACUAGCCCUGUCCUCUGCAGCAAUGGUCUGUUUAGAGGACUGGGCUUCCGAGGUUCUUGUAUUCUUAGCUGGAAUUAUGCCUAAUUCAAAAAUAACUACGUCACUGAUUGCAACGUGCGCGAACACAGAAACCAUUGCCUACAUGAUCACAUAUGGUCUUAGUGCAGCAGCAAGCACAAGGGUUUCCAAUGAGUUGGGUGCUGGAAAUCCUGAAAGGGCUAAGAAUGCCAUGGCUGUGACUCUCAGGCUCUCUGUCCUUCUUGCACUUGCAUUUAUCCUCACCUUAGCCUUCGGCCAUAACAUCUGGGCCAGUUUCUUCAGUGACAGUUCUUCAAUCAUCAACGAGUUUGCGGCCAUGACACCCUUCCUUGCUAUCUCAAUUGCACUUGAUUCUAUACAGGGUGUCCUAUCAGGGGUGGCCAGGGGAAGUGGGUGGCAGCAUUUGGCUGUGUUGGCUAACUUGGGAACUUUCUAUCUAGUCGGCAUGCCUGUUGCAGCUGUUUUUGGAUUUCUGUUAAAGCUAUAUGCUAAGGUCAGUACAUCUGAUGAGCUCUACAAUGCCUCACCAUAUGCUCCAACUGGUUCUAUAGAAGAUGAUCUGCCUACUAAUAAUGCAUUAGAUAAUUUUGAGCCUUCCUCUACUUCCUCAUCUAUAUCACCUAUUGAUAUUGCAUCUGAUAUUGUUGUGUUUCCAAAUGAGCUUGUUGUCCCAUUCUCGAGUCGUCCUACUCAGGAGUAUGGAAUAGACUACGAGGAAACAUUUGCUCAAGUUGCUCAUCUCACAUCUAUGCGCAGUUUGCUUGCUAUUGUUGUUAUACAGAAGUGGAAAUUCUUUCAAAUGGAUGUGAAAAAUGCUUUUCUUAAUGCUCUAUUCAUUCAUAAAACUACUUGGGGUAUGGUUCUUUUACUUGUUUAUGUUGAUGACAUGAUUAUUACUGGAGAUGAUAUCACAUGUGUUGAGGAGUUAAAACAAUCUCUCAAUCAGAAAUUUGAGAUGAAAGAUCUUGGUGUUCUAAGCUAUUUUCUGGGGCUUGAAGUCACAUAUUUAGAUGAUGGCUACCUACUUUCUCAAGUAAAGUAUGCCUCUGAUCUUGUUUCUACAAUUGAACUCAGUGAUAGCAAAAGUGUUUCUACACCUCUUGAGCCUAAUGUCAAGCUUACACCUAUGGAUGGCUCUCCACUUUUUGAUUCUACUCACUAUCGGCAAUUGGUUGGUAAUCUAGUUUAUCUUACCACGACACGCCCCGACAUAACAUAUGCAAUUCACAUUGUUAGUCAGUUUAUAGCUACUCCUUGCUCCACUCAUUAUGUAACAGUACUUCGCAUUAUUCGUUAUGUUAAAGGAACAUUGUUUCAUGGACUUCACUUUUCUGCUCACUCAUCUCUUAAACUUCGUGCUUACUCAGACGCUUAUUGGGCUGGAGACUCUAAUGAUCGUAUAUCCACCAUUGGAUAUUGUCUCUUUCUUAGUGAUUCCUUAAUCUCUUGGCGUAGCAAGAAGCAUGCAGUUUUAUCACAUUCUAGCACAGAGGCUAAAUAUCAAGCACUUGGAGACACCACAUCAGAGUUACUUAACUUAUGUUGGCUACUGGAAGUUUUCAAGUAUAAGAAAGGAUCCGACUUGGUGUUGCUGGUGAACAAAGAUGAUUACGACACCUGCAAGACCAAGAAUCCUAUUCAGAGAAUGGACAAUGGGAAUUCGAGGGGAGAGUCAGCGCACGCGGUAUCUCCCAAGUUACCGCCAGGUUCUGGAGCUAAACCCCCUGUUGUACCAAAUCCAAAAUCUGCAGCGCCAGGGGUGUCCCCUGUUUCACAUUCCCCUGGGUCAAACCCACCUUCUAAGACAUCUCCAGCUCCAGUGGGGUCCCCUGUUUCUCGUUCUCCGGGGGCCAAACCACCCUCUAUAUUCUCCCCAGGACCGUCAGGUUCACCGGCCGUAUUUCCAGCGCCAGGGCUACAUACUCCCCAGGACCGUCAGGUUCCGCAGGAACAUUUCCAGCACCAGGCAUCUCAUUUUCCUGUGGCCAAACCACCUUCUACGUCAUCUUUAGGGCUGGUGGGAUCCCCUUCUAAUUCUCCGGUAGCCAAAACCUCUGUCUACAUCAUCCUUAGCACCUUCAGGAUCCCAAGGAACAUCUCCGUCCUCUUUAGCACCAGCAUUGUCACUAGGCUGCAAACUCUCCUGAAGGGUCUACUUCCGCGCCACGGUGCCAGCAUCUUCACCAUCAGGAAGUUCUGUUCAGGGUCCAUCUCCAGCAGGAUCUUCCCUCCGCCUUCACAGGAAGGCUCUCCUGUACCAGCUACAGCACCAGGAGGAUCUCAGUCGCCAUCAAGGACUGUCGGUGGUACUCCGGCGAAUGAGGUAUCGCCCUCCGACACCGACCAAGUCAUCAACAACCGCAACUCAAUCAAGCAGGAUAGCAUUAGCAGUUGGUAUUAUCCUCAGUUUAAUGUUGAGAAUAUAGCUUAAUUUAGUUUAUGGGCCUCAUUCUGUGGCUAGAAGGAAAACCUUUUAACAUCACUGGGUGCCUUGUUGCCAUCACUCUGAGACUAUCAAUCAAUGUAUUUAAAACAUAUUUGCCGCAUUUGUUAAUUAAGGUAGAUGUGAAUUCUCUGGCAUGUUCUUAUAUGUGUCCAAGCCUCAUUCUGUGGCUAGAAGGAAAACCUUUUAACAUCACUGGGUGCCUUGUUGCUCAUCACUCUGAGAAUAUCAAUCAAUGUAUUUAAAACAUAUUUUCCACAUUUGUUAAUUAAGGUAGAUGUGAAUU